UUUGUAUCGCACAGACACAGUCACAAGACGCCGUCGUUUCUCUCUGCUUUUCCGUCUUCUCUUGUGAAAGCAAUAGAGACUAGAGACUAGAGACUACUCAGAAGAGAGAGAGAGAGAGCUAGGUAACAAUGAAAGUUUCAGAGAUUUCAAUGAAAUCCAACAACAACAAUGGGCAAAGCAGUUCAGAGAAGCCUAGCAAACCCCAUUUUAGACCUGCUCAAGAUGACACUAAGCCUGUCCUCCAAGACCCAAUACUCAGGUCAGACCCAAUUGAGACGGAAGAAGCAGUGCUCAGAUUGCCUCCUUUCCCUGUUACUAGCAGAUCAAAUCCCAGUUCAAAAUGAGUUCAAUUGCCAAUAUAUUGUUUUAUUGUAUUUUUUCUGUGUUUUGGGAAUUUGAUGUAGAAUAUGAAUUCAGAUCAAAUGUGCUUAACUGAAAUAAAAUUGUUGGAGUUCUACUUCUA